AUGGAUAUCCAAAUCGAAAAUGUUUUCCAAACAAAACGAUGUAAUACGUGUAUAACUGUUGAUAAUUUUAAACUCAGUAAAUGUAAUAUUUUAAUGAAUAGUAAUAUUCGUUUUCGGUGUACAAAUCGUUCGUGCAACGUGACUAUUAUCGUUAAUGAUAAGUUAAAUGAAAUAAUUGAAACCAAAAAUGUUCCUCACAAUCAUCCUCCUCUAGAAGAUAAUUCGAUCAAAUCGAACAUCAUUAGAACAGCCGUAAAAAGAAAGGGAACAGAAGACCUGCACACCAAACCAAACAAAAUUAUUUUAAAAGAAAUACGUCAAAGUGGAUUUGAUACAGAUAUUGAAUAUUCUAGUUUAAGGUUAGUGCGUAAAUCAUUAUAUUGUGCCCGUAAAAAAUUAUUUCCGACGUUACCACAAAUAUUAGAAGAUAUAAUUGAUAUACUUUCGGCAGAAGGAGACAAUAUUACAAAAUUUAACGAAUUUAAAUAG